AUGAUUACGAUAGAAACCUAUAUUGUUGGUCCUGAUGAUUGCGUACUAUUUUAUCCUUUUAAACAGCUCUUACAGUUCCAUUCUCAAUUGUUUAAGGAUACAAACCUUUUGAUUCGUGAACCAAAUGUCAGAAAAAUUAACAGAAAUGUCAUGGAACUUCUGCAAAUUACACAUGGGGUGAAGAUCAAAGCUCCUGAUGAUCUCCUUGAUACCGCUCAUGAAUUGGAGUUUCGAAAUGUGGUGAGAUAUUGUGAGCUGCAAAUGAUUCAGGAAGAAUAUGAAGAAAUGUUUGUAUUUCAUUAUUUUCGCUCGGCAGCCGAAUACAAUUUGAAUCAUUAUUUGGCUCAUCUCCUGAAACAUGUUGGAGGUGCAGGAAAUUUGGCUGCCAUUCUGUUGAAAUUGGAUAUUGAGGAGUUGUCAUCGGAAUACAUGAAACAGUGCACUAAAUAUUUCUUGGAGAAUUUAUGA